AUGCGCAACGAAUUUCUCCAAUUGGAGCCCCAGGGAGGACGGUUCAGCGAAAGCACAACGUUUCUUGGAUUCGUGUUAUCUUGAGUUUCCCUGCAAUUCAAGCGAAGAUCUCUACCAUGGCGUUCGCUGCCACACACGAAGAUAUCGAAGCCCAGAUCGAGGAGAUUCAGGCACGAAGACGCGCCGGUGUGGCGGAAGAGGGGGCGGGGAAUGGAACCAACGACAAAGUGGGACUCAACUCUCUCGGCCACUUCGACAUGAACGUCUACACGUCGGGGGACAAAUCUGGUUACGUCACCUCCAUUCCGGCCAACGAGGAUGAAGAUGAGGCGGAGGAAGACAUGGGGAUUGGCCCGCCCCCUGCGCGUGCCACCUACCACGCCCCCAGUGAUGUCAUGGCUGAUAUUCCACACAACGAACAGGCAUCAGACCCAUUUGCGGACACUCGCAGACCGAAAAUCAUAGAUCGUCAUGACGACUACCAUCGCAGGAAGAUGGCGAACAUGUUUUACUCUCCAUUUAGAGCCGACCCUUUUGGUAAGCUUCUCCAAUUAGUGCCCUUUUCUCUUGUUUUACCGGUGUCUAUGGGAUGGUAAGUUAAAACGAUUUCUCAUUUAUUGCCUGUGCAAAUGGUUUUUGAUACAUUUCUGUGACGCAUAAAUUCAAUAUAAAUUCCACACUCAUGAGUGUCUCUCGGCACAAGGUUUUCUUCGAGUUUUCACUGUGACACGUACGCAGUUUUGAUAAGGAGAAAGGUGUGUGGUGGGGUUGAAUGGGCAAAUCUCCCAUAAGAGCUCUGCCUUGUAACAACUACAUACUGUACUUCUCCUCCUAACUAUAAUCAAUAAGUAAAGCCUCUGUGUAUAACUGUCUGCGUGAAAGAACGGAAGAGUGUGUACAUGUCUUUUUGAGAGUGUUCUGAUUGGUGCUUCUCUCUCUCCCCUGUCCUGAUGUUGCCAAGCAACUGCCAUGUGUUGGUAAGGUGCAUGGUCUGUCACAUGAGGUCAUGUGAUCCCGGCACUCUGUCACAUGACCCGGGACAGAAAGCCACGCCCAUUUUGUAACCCUGACUGGUUGCCGUGGCAACACCGAUGUCGACAACACUCGAUCGAGAGCGUCACUGAUUCUAUUUACAGCACACUCUCUGUUGGCAGAACAAUCAUAGCAUGUACAGUACACAACUGUGUAUUAUACAUCGCAGUCUUGUGUGUCUGUGUCCGUUGAGUCAGAACGCUGGGUGACUCAUUCUGCACUCUUGGUUCCAAACUCCGGAACACGACACUAGGUCCACUGUAAUUAUAGCAGCUGUAAAAAUAUUGAGCAAGCUUGCUUUUACUCUCUCUCUCUUCUCUUCCUCCUCCUCCUCUUCUUCCUUUCCUCUCUCCCCCCUCUCUCUCUCACGGUUUUCUCCUGUCUCUCCAGCAAGCCAAACGCCUGACCCCAAAGCCAGGAGCUACAAAGAUGCCAUGGCCGAGGCCCAGCUUAAGAAAGAUGAGAGAGAAGUGAGGGAGGCAAUUCUGAAGAAGGCGUCCAAGGGCGAUUUGCCGGUGACAGCGGCGGCUAAACCAGAGAGGAAGAGGAAGAGAUGGGAUCAGCAUACUCCGAGUCACGAUGAAGAGGGGGGCGGGACUAAAAAGAAGAGUGCCUGGGACCAGGCAGAGUCCACCCCUUCUGUCAGCCAUUGGGAGGAGACUCCGGGUCAUCUGAAGGGAAGCGAGACCCCCGGGGCCAGUGCCACGCCCUCCACCCGCAUUAAGUGGGAUGCCACACCCGGCCACGCCACACCGGGUCAUACCACGCCCGCCACGCCCGGGAAACGGAAUCGCUGGGACCUCACUCCCAAGUGGAAUGAAACUCCUCGUGCUGAUUCUGGGGGGACUCCCAGUCACACUGGGUGGGCUGAGACCCCCCACAAGGAAUCGGUGACGGAAACACCGACCCCUCACGGGGGGAAGAAAAAGAGAUCUCGCUGGGACGAGACCCCCGCCAGCCAGAGGAUGGGGGGGCACACCCCUCUGCUCUCGACCCCCAUCGUUAAAACCCCCAUAGUCGGGGGGAACACUCCGAAUUUCUCAGGAAUGACCCCCGGAGGUGCCAUGGCGAUGGGUCUGGCCACGCCCAGCCCAGGUCAGAUGGGUGCGAUGACUCCCGAGCAGAUGCAGGCGUGGAGAUGGGAGAAGGAGCUAGAUGAGAGAAACCGACCGCUGACUGACGAGGAGCUGGACGCCCUCUUCCCCCAGGACGGAUACAAGAUUCUGAAGCCGCCCGCUGGCUAUCAACCAAUCAGAACGCCCGCUCGAAAGCUGACUGCCACGCCCACUCCAAUGGGCAUGAGCGGAUUCCGGUUCCAAAUGGAAGACAACCAGGUGAAGAUAGUUGAUGAUAUGCAGCCAACGGGCGAAAACAUGCCCUUCAUGAAGGCAGAGGACGCGCAAUACUUCCAGAAGCUUCUGGACAACGUUGACGAAGAGACUCUGAGCCCGGAGGAGCAGAAGGAGCGAAGAAUCAUGACUCUUCUCCUCAAGAUAAAGAACGGAACUCCACCCAUGAGGAAAUCUGCACUGCGACAGAUCACAGACAAAGCCAGAGAGUUUGGAGCCGACUCCCUCUUCAACCAAAUCCUCCCCCUCCUCAUGUCCCCCACUCUCGAGGACCAAGAACGCCAUCUUCUGGUCAAAGUCAUCGAUCGAGUUCUUUAUAAACUUGAUGAUCUUGUCAGGCCCUAUGUCCAUAAGAUCCUGGUGGUGAUAGAGCCCCUGUUGAUUGACGAGGAUUACUACGCUCGCGUGGAAGGGAGGGAAAUUAUUUCGAAUCUCGCCAAAGCAGCUGGACUGGCGACCAUGAUCUCCACGAUGAGACCCGACAUUGAUAACAUGGACGAAUACGUGAGAAACACGACCGCUCGGGCAUUUGCAGUCGUGGCUUCUGCUCUCGGGAUCCCGUCCCUGCUACCUUUUCUGAAGGCCGUCUGCCACAGCAAGAAGUCGUGGCAAGCCAGACACACUGGGAUCAAGAUAGUGCAGCAGAUAGCCAUCCUGAUGGGUUGUGCGGUGCUGCCUCACCUCAAGAGCCUGGUGGAGAUUGUGGAGAACGGACUGGUGGACGAGCAGCAGAAGGUUCGAACCAUCACUGCACUCUCACUGGCCGCCCUGGCAGAGGCUGCUACUCCGUACGGCAUCGAGGCAUUCGACUCCGUCCUCGUGCGUCUCUGGAAAGGCAUCCGUGCUCACCGAGGCAAGGGGCUAGCUGCCUUCCUCAAGGCCAUUGGCUACCUCAUUCCACUCAUGGACAACGAAUCGGCCAACUACUACACUCGAGAAGUGAUGGUCAUCCUCAUACGAGAAUUCCAAUCCCCUGACGAGGAAAUGAAGAAAAUCGUUCUGAAGGUGGUGAAGCAGUGUUGCAUGACGGAUGGAGUUGAACCGCAAUACAUCAAGGAAGAGAUUUUGCCUCAUUUUUUCAGACACUUCUGGACCCACAGAAUGGCCCUCGAUCGCAGGAACUUCAGACAACUGGUGGACACGACUGUCGAGAUUGCUAACAAGGUGGGCGGGGCCGAGAUUGUCAGUCGCCUUGUCAACGACCUCAAGGACGACAACGAGCAGUACAGGAAGAUGGUCAUGGACUGCAUUGAGAAGGUACUAGGUAAUCUCGGAGCUGCUGAUAUCGACUCUCGACUCGAAGAACAGUUGAUCGACGGAAUUCUCUACGCAUUCCAGGAACAGACCAAUGAGGACGUGAUAAUGUUGAACGGGUUUGGCGUUGUCGUGACGUCGCUGGGUGCGCGGGUGAAGCCAUACCUUCCUCAGAUCUGCGGCACCAUUCUCUGGAGACUGAACAACAAGGCUGCAAAGGUCCGCCAGCAGGCGGCUGAUCUCAUCUCUCGCAUCGCUGCCGUCAUGCACGAGUGCAACGAGGAGAAGCUGCUGGGUCAUCUGGGAGUUGUUUUAUACGAGUAUCUCGGUGAGGAGUACCCCGAAGUUCUGGGGAGCAUUCUCGGAGGACUGAAGGCAAUAGUGAAUGUGAUUGGAAUGACAAAGAUGACUCCGCCCAUCAAGGACUUACUUCCGCGCCUGACACCCAUCCUUAAAAACAGGUUUGCAUAACCUGUUUAUCCCCUCUCUCUCCCUCUUCUUUUCAUCUUUCCUAUUGUACGGGUGGUGUGAGUGACUAAUGUAAUGGGGAACCUCAAUGUAUGGGUAUAAUGGGAGCCUGGAACCUCGAUGUAUUGGCGCAGUGAUAUUGGCAAUAUACAAGUACUUAUGCUGCAGUGACAAUUAUA